CUGUGGAGCCAUUUCUCGUCUUCCGUCCGACAUGCGCCCGCUUGCUGCUGCUAUCGGCCUCGCUGCUGUUUUGGCCGCGCCCGCCGACCUUGGCCUUGGACCGCCCGUGCUACCGCAAGUGCUAACGACGCUGCUGGAUGCGUACAAGCCGCUUCUGGCCAACUACACGGCUGCGCAACUGCCCGCGACCAUUGGCAACUGCGGCGCGGCGAGCCCGCCAACACCGUGCAUGGACUCGGGUGGCAAUCUGUACGAAGACACGUCUUCGGAUUGGUACAAGGUCACUGCGCGCUGGAUCUCGGGCAUCAACACGAUGAGCUUGACGAGCCUUGCCAUGUCGUUCGACGACGCAGGCGCUUUGGCGCUCAACGUCGUUGUCAACUUCAAGGAGCUGCCCAUGAGCCUCCGCGUCGAGGGCUGUCUCUUCAACGCGUGCGCGAUGGUGCUCGACAACACCAAGUACUGCUGCGGCAACGACAAGACGGUCACGAUGACCGCGUCCGCCACCUGCAACGAAACGUACCCGUUUGUGCGCAACGUCGUGUUUUCGGACGCGCAGAUUACGCCGCCGAUGACGGUGCAAGUCACCGUUGCCGGCAAAGCGAUCAAGCUCAAAGACGUGACGACGGCCGCGCAGGAUGGCAUCAAGACCGCCGCGGGCUCAUUCCUGCAGACCAAAGGCAUUGAUCUCCUCAACAGCCAGAUCAAAGAUCUCUUUGGCACCAAGGUCUACUGCUCCCAAGCCUCCAAGGACCGACAGACGCCAGCGCCGACGACGACACCACCCCCCACAACGGCACGGCCCACGGUCGCCCCAACAACCGCAACAGUGGGCAGUCAGGCAGGCCCAAGCCCCAAGUCGAACGCACCCACGACGCAGCCGUCGAAUGCCCUUGCGUCGUCGUACCAUACCAGCGUCGUACCCAUGCUACUAAGCAUUCUCGCAGUCUGUAUACUGCAGGCAUAGCCGUGUGUACAAGUACUACUAAAUAAGGCUUAUUUGUGAACCGCUGGAAGUCCUAGUCCCUGCAAAC